UCGCGGGACUCGUCGUCGACUCGAGGUAGAAGAAGAAGAAGAAGAAGAAAAGCUCGAUCGGGAGGAGCACGAUCAAGAAGAAAAAGUACCCAAAAUGCAGGAUCCGCCAAAUCCAAACAAAAACCCUAAUAUUAAAACUAACCCAACUCCAGAAACCCAAACUUUUCCUCAUGGACAAGGAUAUCCAUUUUCUUUCCGGACCUCUUGUCACCGUCGGGCCCACUCAGAGGUCCAUUUUCGUCUGCCGGAAGACCUGGAUCUCGUCCCAGAUCCAUUCGAAGGCCCAUCUGGAAGCUCGUUCGACGAGCUUGGAUCCGAAGAUGACCUCUUCUCUGCCUACAUGGAUAUUGAAAAGUUUGAAUCCAGAACCGAUGAAGGCCCCUCUGGUAUCAAACCUGACAAUGCGGUUCAUGGGUUGAGUGGCGGCGGCGGCGGUGGCGGUGAGGUGGAGGGAGAUAAGAAUGUGCGGCCAAGGCAUAGGUAUAGCAAUUCUGUUGAUGGGUCUUCGGUUAUGGAGUCUAUAGAGGCCAAGAAAGCUAUGGCUCCUGGUAAACUUGCUGAGCUGUGGACUGUAGAUCCAAAACGAGCCAAAAGGAUUAUUGCAAAUCGGCAGUCUGCUACUCGGUCAAAAGAGAGGAAAGCCCACUAUAUGUCAGAACUUGAAAGAAAAGUGCAGACUCUUCAGACAGAAGCAACUACACUUUCUGCACGGCUCACAUUAUUCCAGAGAGAUACAACAGGUCUGACUACCGAGAACACUGAGCUUAAGAUUCGGUUACAAGCUAUGGAGCAACAGGCUCAAUUACGUGAUGCUCUGAAUGAAGCACUAAAGAAGGAAGUAGAAAGACUCAAGAUUGCCACUGGAGAAAUGAUGACACCAGCAGAUGCCUAUAAUUUUGGGAUGCACCAUGUGCCGUGCACCCAAUCUUCCUAUUUUCAAAUACAGUCACAACCUAGGCCAGUUAACACCCAAAACAUGCAAAUGCCACAGCUUCAUCCCUUUCAAUUUAACAUGCCUAUAGCUGCUGCAUCUCAUUCACAUGCCUUGCUGGAGAUACUGCCACAGGAUCCUCUUGGGCUUUUGCAGGGGCUUGAUAUUGGUAGCAAAAGCACUCUUCUAGUUAAAUCUGAAGGCCCCUCACUUUCUGCUAGUGAAAGCAGCAGCAUUUGAUGCAAGAUUUGCUAGGCUGAACUUUAUUCCAUUCCUAUUUGUUGAAUUGUUUAUAGACUGACCAUAUUGAUAAACUAAGGUAAUAUUCUUUUCAGUUCGAUUCUUUACUCUAGAGUGGGAUUUUUGGUUUCUGGUUGACCAGCUCUUUAAGAUGAGAGGUUUUCUCUGUUGGAAUCAAAUUUACAUAUCUUGGGGUAAUGAUUAAUCUGGAAUAGAAGGGUGUUCCUAGCACUGAUGCAUCCUACAUGCUGAGUGCCCCCUCUUGUCAGAUUUUGUUUGUUACCAUCCAAAACUUGUAUUGCUCAGAAAAAUGAUUUCGUUCAUUUACUCAAUAA